AUGUCUUGGAACGUAUGGGGUCUGUGCUCUCCCAAAAAAAGAACGGCAGUCAAACAAGUGUUACAAUUACAUAAACCAUCAAUAGUAAUUCUUCCAGAGUCGAAAAUACCUACCUGCACUAAUUCUGAUAUAUGUGGCUCAAGAUCAAUGGGUUGGACCUUUCAGCCUUCUAUUGGAGCCUCCGGCGGCAUCAUAAUUAUCUGGAACCCGAGUAUUAUUGAAGUCAUAUCCUCAUUGGAAGGUCAAUGUAGAUUUUUGUCAUCUAACUUUUAUUGGUUUCUCACAGGAGUUUAUGGCCCAAAUAGAGUUAAUGAAAGAAAGCACUUUUGGAGAGAAUUGCACUACAUAGGAGGCCUUUGGCAAAUCCCAUGGGUAUUUGGAGGAGAUUUCAAUGUCAUUCGAAGAAUCGAAGGUACAACUACCAACAGAAGGACCACUCGAAGUAUGAGGAAAUUCUCACAAUUCAUAUCAACUCAUGCACUGGUCGAUCUCCCCCUCAAAGGAUCAAAGUACACAUGGUCAAAUGGUCAGGCAUCCCCUACUCUUACUAGGAUUGAUAUGUUCUUGUUUUCAUCUGAUUUUGAAGGAAAAUUUCCAUUCAUCUCUCAGCUGGCUAAGACAAGGCCAACAUCAGAUCAUAUACCAAUUUUGUUGGAUCUCGCAGAGCCAUCUUGA